GUACAAAAAAAGCCUUUAUCUCAAGCGGGCAGAUUGGGCGGGGCCAUCAUGACAGCAUGCCUUCAUUUCCCAGCAUCCCCAAGAAAAUACGGCAAAUGUCCUUUUACCUCACGAAACGCGUAUUUCAAGUUCUUGUUUUAUUGUGUUGAGGUCUCUUGCUUGACCAAUUGAGUAUCCGCGGGCAGCUAAUGCUUGCAAGUCUAUUUUGAAUCAAGGACGUAAAUAGCCAACUGCAAACUUCUUUAACUUCAUCUCUUUGCUGUACACGGUUGGGCGUGGACAAUGUCGGCUCCAACAUUAGCGGCAGAACAUGACCAGCACACGCGUACAACCAGCCGUUCCAAGCCCGGCUUCCUGGAGCGUCUGAGUGAAACCGCAGGGGGAACAGUUACUGGUGUUGUACUGUUCGCCCUCUCCUUUUACGUCCUCUUCACCAAUGAGGGAAGGGCCCUGAGAACGGCUACCUCCCUGGAUGAGGGUCUCUCUCAGGUGGUGUCCCUGCACCUGUACUCCAGCCCACUGGACCAUAACAACAACCAUCUGGUUCACCUGACAGGCCCACUGCGCACCUUACAGCCUCUCCAUGACCCAAACUACAGAGUGGCGGUGCAGGCGGUGAAGCUGAAGAGACAGGUGGAGAUGUACCAGUGGGUGGAGUACAGCGAGAGCAGAGACUAUGACGAGGAUGGAGAGUCCAAGACUGAGACUACGUACAACUACAAUUCAGAGUGGAAGGCAGAGCUUAUCAACAGCAGGAACUUUGAUAAAGAGAUUGGUCACAUCAACCCGAGUGCCAUGGCAGUGGAGAGUGUAACAGUGGUGGCUUCUGAUGUUCAGGUUGGACCUUUCUCGCUCUCCAAAGGAUUGGUGGAUCAGAUUGAGAACUUCCAGACAUUGAGUCUGAAGGGACUCCCCGCCCCUGAUUCUGACUCCUUUCUCACGGUUGAUGAGGACUACUUCUACCACACCCAACACCCCCGCAGACCAGAGGUGGGAGAUGUGCGUGUGAGCUUCUCCUAUGCAGGACUCAGUGGGGAGGGGACCUACCCUGGGCCAGCCCAGACAGUCAGUGUUGUGGCCAUGCAGAGUUAUGACACCCUGAAGCCCUUUAGGACCAAAUCAGGAGACACACUGGCGAUCAUUUAUCUGGAGGAGCUCACUGCUGAGGAAGUGUUUGAGAGGGAGCAUAGUAACAAUGCUAUGCUGACCUGGGCUCUCAGGGCUGGAGGCUGGUUACUCAUGUUCCUUGGCAUUAGUUUGAUGAUCCGCAUCAUCCACACACUCGUGGAUUGGAUCCCUAUUCUUCGAGAGCUGAUCAGCGUGGGGCUGAAGCUCUUCGCCCUGUGUAUUUCCUGCUCCCUCUCCCUGCUCACCAUCGCCUCUGGCUGGAUCUUCUACCGCCCCCUAGUGGCUGUGGGGCUAAUCGCCAUGGCUGUGAUUCCAGUCGUCAUCGCCCGCUCUCGCGCCCCGGCCAAGAAACACCAAUGAUGUUUAACGCUUUGAACUGAACGAGCCUCGUCAUCAGCUCUCCAAUCCUUGCAGAACAAUCAUUUGAGAUCCAUUGUCUUGUCACCUCACCAAAUAGUCCCUUAGCUCUUUGACAGACCCCUCAGGAAUUUAGAUAAUGUGGUCAAUCUAAGAAAAGUACAGAACAAUGUUACAUAAGACAAAUACAUUUGCAUAUAUUAUUGAACAAGUUUAGCAAUAAUACCAAAGGGAUAUUUAAGCAUGUAAGGCAUUUGAUUGUAUACUGCUUAUGAAUGAGUGUUACAAAAUGUUAAAUAAAAUGUGCGUUAAGUUGUCCA